CGAGAGCCGCUUCAUGUCUCUGACUAAAAUGCGUGUUUGUUCAGUUAAUAUAUGCAGAUAGUAAGCGACAUCCAGCAAAACUACAGUAUUAGUUGUCUUGUCAGCAGCUGCUCGGUGAUGUUAACGCUCCUCGUCUCCCUUUCUUUGGUUUAUGGGCUGGAUGGUGCUGAUGUGGUUCUGUCCUGCUCUCUGAUCGAGGAAGGGGGCGGGAUGGGCGGCAUGGGCGGCAUGAUGGGAGGGGCGAUGUUCAAGCGCACUCCCGCCACUCUGGUCUUCAGGGAUUUUGUUGAGAAUGAAGGUCUGUCACCAGAGCUUGUGACCCCCUAUAACCCUCCUGAGACCCCUAAUCCCGAGGAUCUCAUCUUUGAGUUGAUGUUACCAUCCAUUCAGAUCCCCAACGCAGACUUGCUUCUUCACGCUGACUGUAAUGAACAGGAAGUGGUUUGUGAGAUCAGCCGUUACGUUCCUCGCGGAGCUGAUAUGGAUUCCCUACCAGCUCAUUUUAUUGGCUCAAUUCAGCUGGAAGGUGGAGGCAUCAGCCUCACUCUGGUGCUACAGACCCUCCACAGUGAGACCACACAAUCUGAUGCGCAACCACUUAUGCAGAGUAAACUGAAUCUGCCUCUCAGCCAAUCAGCAACGUUGCUGACAGAAGUUGUGUUUGUGGUGUUCUCUCGUGUACCAUCCAUUGUGGCAUUAAUAGGGGGUGAUGUGAUGUUGGACUGUGGCUUCAGACAAAAAGAGUCUGUCCCUGGGCAGGAUGUGGCUCUGGAGUGGCGCCUUCAACACAGAGGAAAUGGCCGUAAAAUUCUUGAUAUGAAGGCAAGGGAGAUGGAGACAGAAAUAGGAUCAGAUGUAUUCGUGGACCGGGAAAACACCAGCACUGAAGCAGAUCUUCUAGUGAGGGAUGGAAAUGCCUCUCUAACUCUCAGGACAUUGCAGGUCUCAGAUGAAGGCACAUACAUCUGCACCGUGGGCUCUGGAGACUUUCAGACUCAACAGAUCGUGCAGCUUCACAUUACACAACCGCCUCGCAUCACACUUUCUGAGGAGAAGCUGUCAUUUCCGGAUAGGACACCUCAGAGACUUAGCUGCCAUUGCAAUCGCUACUACCCUCUGGAUGUGCAGGUGGAGUGGUUUUCACAGGCUCCGUCUUCAGAAGAGUCUAUCUCGUUGUCUAAGGACUCCUCGCUCUCCAGUCAUCGGCAGCACAGUGAUGGAACAUUUUCUGUCUCUUCUCACCUCACCCUGUUACCAGACAAACACCCACCGGGGACUGUUGUCACCUGUAGAGUCUCACAUCCCUCCCUAGAAACUCCAACUAAUGCCACCCUCACUGUGGAAGAACCUGAGCCAGAUACAGCUUUCUGGACAAUAAGCUUGAUGUUGCUGAUAUCAGUGGUGUUUUUGUAUCAAGCGUUUAAAGGUGGAGUGUUUUAAGAGAAAAGCAGCAGCAACCUACUGAAAGAGGUCUUGGAAGGAACCAUUUUCGUUAUUUUGAUUUGCCUUUUUCUUCAUCCGUCUUUAAAAUGGAUUUGUUUCCCUCAGUCAUGGCACAUUUGUUUAAGUUUGAGGUUUUCUGUGUGGCUUAUUCAGUAAAAGUAAAACAACAACAAAACAAAAGAUGAUUUUUAAUUGUAAUGUUUUGAUUGUGUAAUGUUUAUGUGUUGUACAUUUUAUUUGCUUUAGUGAACGAAAUAAAAACAGAAACAGAGAUGA